GCGAAAGAAACCCUAUCUUUCCGUCGAUGCUAUCAGUCUUCCGCCCUGCAGCUGGCAAGACGUUGAGAACUCUGUCAACAUUCUCGGCCAGAUCAAAGGCCUGCUACUACUCUCCCUUCCUCAGGUCCGUGUCUCUAUCAAGGCGUGUCCACAUAGAUACCAUGGCGCCCAUUGCUGUUGAGGACAUGAUUGAGACGCUUGCGGUGUCAAAGAAGUCCACUGGGGUUUCGAAUGGCGACACAAGCAAACCAACACUUGCUCGCUGUGAUGCAAAUGAUCCAGCCACGACGACCGAGCUCCUAGUGUCGAUCAUUGAACGAGAUGGCGGCGUCGUCGUGGAGAACCUCAUCUCUAAGGAACUGGCUACUCAGAUCAAGACGGAGUUGAAGCCUUACUUUGAUACAGACAAGGUCGACCCCUCAGGUUUCUUCCCCCACACGACGCAGAGAGCUACCGGCCUCCUGGCGCGGUCGGACGGCUGUGUCCAACUGGCAAUGAAUCCCACGUAUAUCGACAUAGCCAACAAGAUGAUCUCUUCCACGUACACAUACUGGAACGGACAGCAGCAAGAGACGGUGUUUUCCAAGCCCAUUAUAUCCUCGACUGUCGGUUUCCGAGUAAACCCAGGUGGAAGGCAGCAGGCCCUACACCGCGACGACGGCGACUAUCACACUCGUAACUGCGACAUGCCCAUGAUGCUCGGUUGUGUGACGGCGUUGACCAAGACCACGGCGGAGAAUGGUGCCACAAUCGCCAUCCCUGGUUCGCACCUCUGGGGCCCAGAUCGCUGCCCCUAUGAUCAUGAAGCAAUUCCAGCCGAACUAGAACCGGGGGACGCUUUCAUAUUCGUCGGUAAUCUUUAUCAUGCCGGAGGAGCAAAUAUCACCAAAGAUCAAGCUCGCGAGACCGUGGGCAUCUUCUUGUGCAAGCCAUACUACCGUCCGGCGGAGAAUCAGAUGCUGAUGGUGCCUCCUGAGAAGGCGAAGCGACUACCUCCCCAAGCACAGAGACUGUUGGGAUACGGAAUCAGCCGUCCCGCUGUGGGAUUCAUGGAGUAUCAAGACCCAAUGCGAGUUCUCUUUGGCGUCGAGGAUGAGGAGACGGUCGAUAUGUGAUUGAGCACACCUGCAGCUUCCCGAGUGGCCGGACUCUCCCCCCUCAAAGUGUGAUAGUGAUCGGUCCAAGUCCAGCCUCGAGGCUCAUAUCACCAGGAAAGUCAGACCACGCCUCGAUUCCUGUCGGGCGAACUGCAUCCAGUCGACUGCCACGUUGGGGUCACUCUUCCAAAAGCGCCGCAGAAACUCUAGCGCUGGGACACAGUUGGAGAAGCCGGUCGACUUCAUCACCUCGAGGAGCUUGGCGUCGGCAAACGCUUGGGUGUUCUUGUUCAGCCUGCUUUGCGUUCCGACGACGAACAGAGGCCACACCAGGUC